AGCAAUGAAACUCUGCAAGGGCAAGCGAAGAGGAAGGAUGAAGACAACCACACUGAAUGACUUGCUGACCAUUCAGCUUCAGUCCAAAUCAAUCCAGGAAUUUGAUCCUGACAAAGCAAUUAAACUCUGGAUGAAAACUCCAACUGGGCAACAAAGGCGUCUGAACUAUACAAGAAGAACUCCUGUGGCAGCUUCUUUGAAUACACAUUAUGCAGAACCUAUUGAUGUUGAGGUAUUGGAUUCAAAUGAGGGGGUGGAGGAGGAACCACAAGUGUCUGUCUCUGAUAUCCCGGAGGUGGAAAAUGAGGUUGAAAUGGAAGUCGAAGGAGAGACUGUCACUGAGAGUGACACAGAAUCAGAUUCUGAUAGUGAUCGUGAUAAUGAACUAACAGAGCUUGAAGUUGAAAGAGAACUAGAGAGAAUAUAAAUGCAGAUAUUAACUUUAAGAA